UCCGUGGGCGCUCUUCUCCGGUCCCCAUCUCGGUUCCGGAGUCCCUUGGUGCCCCCUUUCUCUUCUCCUUGCCCCCUCCUCACGCCUCCUGCCUCCCGGAGUUUCUCCCUCCCCAGCCCCCCUACCCGCAUCACCGCCUGAUUCCGAGGGGCGGGAGCGCUUUGGGCUGCUCGCGGGUGGGGGCGCCGCGCCAGCUUCGCGUAGCGGCUCUGACGCCGCCGUCGCCGCCGCCGCCCUCCGCAGCCCAGCCUCGCGCCCCGCGGCAGCUCCGCAGUGCACUCGCCGCCGCUGCUCCGCCAGCCCCGCUGCCCGCCCGCCGGGUCGGCCUCCAGCGAGCCUCAGACGCCAGCGGAGGAGGUCAUGAGCCAGAGCGCCCCGGGGCGCCGCGGGGAGAGCGAGCGAAGAUAGCGCCCUCGCAGCCCCCUGGCCCUCGCCGCCCGGCCGCGCGUCCUCCGGGUCCCCGGUCCCUGCUGUCCUUUCCUCGGGCCCCGCCGCCGCCAUGGCCACCCUGCUCCGCAGCAAGCUGUCCAAUGUGGCCACAUCCGUGUCCAACAAGUCCCAGGCCAAGGUGAGCGGCAUGUUCGCCAGGAUGGGUUUUCAGGCGGCCACCGACGAGGAGGCGGUGGGCUUCGCGCACUGCGACGACCUCGACUUUGAGCACCGUCAGGGCUUGCAGAUGGACAUCCUGAAAAGUGAAGGCGAGCCCUGCGGGGACGAGGGCGCCGAACCACCCGUCGAGGGAGACAUCCACUACCAGCGCGGCGGUGGCGCGCCCCUGCCGCCCUCGGGCUCCAAGGACCAGGCCCUAGGAGCUGGUGGCGAGUUCGGAGGCCACGACAAGCCUAAGAUCACGGCGUGGGAGGCAGGCUGGAACGUGACCAACGCUAUCCAGGGUAUGUUCGUGCUGGGCCUGCCCUACGCCAUCCUGCACGGCGGCUACCUGGGAUUGUUCCUUAUCAUCUUCGCCGCCGUGGUGUGCUGCUACACCGGCAAGAUCCUCAUCGCCUGCCUGUACGAGGAGAACGAGGACGGCGAGGUGGUGCGCGUGCGGGACUCGUACGUGGCCAUUGCCAACGCCUGCUGCGCCCCGCGCUUCCCCACGCUGGGCGGCCGUGUGGUGAACGUAGCGCAGAUCAUCGAGCUGGUGAUGACUUGCAUCCUGUACGUGGUGGUGAGUGGCAACCUCAUGUACAACAGCUUCCCGGGGCUGCCCGUGUCGCAGAAGUCCUGGUCCAUCAUCGCCACGGCGGUACUGCUGCCUUGCGCCUUCCUUAAGAACCUCAAGGCCGUGUCCAAGUUCAGCCUGCUGUGCACAUUGGCCCACUUCGUCAUCAACAUUCUGGUCAUUGCCUACUGCCUGUCGCGGGCACGCGAUUGGGCCUGGGAGAAGGUCAAGUUUUACAUCGACGUCAAGAAGUUUCCCAUCUCCAUCGGCAUCAUCGUGUUCAGCUACACGUCGCAGAUUUUCCUGCCUUCGCUGGAGGGCAACAUGCAGCAGCCCAGCGAGUUCCACUGCAUGAUGAACUGGACGCACAUCGCCGCCUGCGUGCUCAAAGGCCUCUUCGCGCUCGUCGCCUACCUCACCUGGGCCGAUGAGACCAAGGAGGUCAUCACGGAUAACCUGCCCGGGUCCAUCCGCGCCGUGGUCAACAUCUUCCUGGUGGCCAAGGCGCUGCUGUCCUACCCCUUGCCCUUCUUCGCUGCUGUCGAGGUGCUGGAGAAGUCGCUUUUCCAGGAAGGCAGCCGCGCCUUCUUCCCCGCUUGCUACGGCGGCGACGGGCGCCUCAAGUCGUGGGGGCUGACGCUGCGCUGCGCGCUGGUGGUCUUCACGCUGCUCAUGGCCAUCUACGUGCCGCACUUCGCGCUGCUCAUGGGCCUCACCGGCAGCCUCACGGGCGCCGGCCUCUGCUUCCUGCUGCCCAGCCUCUUCCAUCUGCGCCUGCUCUGGCGCAAGCUGCUGUGGCACCAGGUCUUCUUCGACGUCGCCAUCUUCGUCAUCGGCGGCAUCUGCAGCGUGUCCGGCUUCGUGCACUCUCUGGAGGGCCUCAUUGAGGCCUACCGAACCAACGCGGAGGACUAGGGCGCGCGGGAGCGAGCCGCGGCCGCGCUCCCGCGCUCUCCUGGCUCCCCACCCACCCACCCCACCCCCACCCACCCCGCGCGCCCCGCUGCCGCCGCGCUUGGGAAGCCAAGCCGUCAACAUCUCUGGUUCCUAGUUUCUGAUUCUGCGGGUUGGGGGUGGGAGGGGCUAGGGAUCCACCAUCCAUCGCGUCUGCGUUUCUGUUGUCCUUUCUUUUUCACAAAACACCCUGGUUUCGGGGGAGGCGGGGGGCGCAUCUGCGGGCAAGGUUUUCUGUCCUUCCAGUAGGGGCCCCGACACUUUGGUCCCUGUCACCGAGAGGAGGGGUGGGAAGGGAGGGAGAAGGGGGCGCAGCUCGCUGGCGCGGAAACUUGACCUUGGGGGGGACAUUUCACAGCCAUCAGUGCUCGGAAUCUGCAGCGUCCGGCCAUUUCUAGCAAGAGCGCUUCCCAUUCCGGAGACAUUUCAACCCCGCAGCGGGCAAGGCUGGCCGGGAAAUCCGUUUCGGGUGGGCGAAUUUCCUUCAGCCUAGCGGAGAGGCGAGGAGCCGCGGCGGGGCUGGCUUGCCUGCGGUUUUCAGGAAUCAAAACUCAUCCUGCGCAAUUUAUCAGGUUGUGGAACUGUUUUACUGUGCGUGUGGUGUGCUCGUGGUGAAUAAGGUGAAAUGUAUAUCAGAAAAAAAAUCUAUCUCUAAUUUAGAGCGCGGUGCAUAAUUAUAUCCGCAAAUAAAGAAGAAACAAAGGC